AUGUCCAACUCCAAGAAGAGAGCAGCGGCCCCCGACCAGGACGGCGAGCGCAAGAAGAAGAAGAAGAAGUCGGCCUACACCGUCGACGAGACGCUGCUCAACGAGGAGCUGGGCAUCAACGAGUCCUUCGCCGUCAUGGACAACCAGCUGCUGGCGGACUACACCGCUCAGAAGCUCGCGCGGUUCGCGACGGACCUCAGCCCCGUCGAGAUUUCCGAUCUGUCCCUCUCAGCAAACGCGAUCAAGGACACCACGUCAUGGACGGAGCCCCGGUCCACGGACAAGCUGGCGGCGUUCCUGGAAAAGUUCGCCGAGAAGCCGGAGAAGCUGCCCACGGCGCCGGAGAAGAAGGGCACGCCGCACACCAUCAUCGUCGCGGGCGCGGGGCUGAGGGCGGCGGACAUUGUGAGGGCCGUGAGGGGGUUCCAGACGAAGAAGAGCACCGUGGCGAAGCUGUUUGCAAAACACAUGAAGGUCGAGGAGCAGGUCAAGUUCCUCCAGGGCACGAGGACGGGCAUCGCGGUCGGCACGCCGGCGCGGCUGAUGGAGCUCGCGGACAACGGCGCGCUGUGCCUGGACAAGGUGCAGCGCGUGGUGGUCGACGCGUCGCACAUUGACUCGAAGAAGCGCGGGGUGAUGGACAUGAAGGACACGAUGCUGCCGCUUGCGAGGUGGCUGUCGCGCAAGGAGCUGAAGGAGAGGUACACGGACGACAAGAGGCAUUUGGACCUGGUGUUUUUCUGA